AUGGAAGAAGCCUUGAGAAUGCUAAGCGGCGGAGACUCUCCCUCACUUAAAAAACCUUCCUCCAUCACCACCACCGCCGCCGCCACCACCAACUCCCGGAAACCCAUCAAAGACGGCAUCGCCGCCGCCGCCGGCGUCAGGUACCGUGGCGUAAGACGCAGGCCAUGGGGUCGUUACGCCGCCGAGAUACGUGAUCCCCAGUCCAAAGAACGCAGAUGGCUAGGAACCUUCGAUACUGCCGAGGAAGCUGCCGUGGCUUACGAUUGCGCUGCCCGAGCCAUGCGUGGCUCAAAGGCUCGUACAAAUUUCGUCUAUCAUAAUACCAUUAACUCUUUUUUACCUAUCAAUAACAAUAAUAAUAAUAAUCUUUCUCAUAAUAACUAUCAUCAUCAUCAUCAGAAACCCUCGUUCAGAGUUGCAGAGCAGAAAAUUACUAAUUCACCCCUGCCAAUUUACGAUCAGUUUAUGUCGAUUCGUGAUCCUUUACCCAACUUUUCUUACGGUAGUACUAAUGAAACAAAUGGAUCAGGUGGUUAUGAUGGGAUGGAUUUCUUUUCUUGUGAAAAGUCUGAUUCAGGUUUGCUUCAAGAAGCCCUAACUGGAUUUUUUCCAAAACCGGUUGAGAAACAUCAGGAACCGGUUAAGUGGGCUUCACCUGGUCCUAUGCUGUCUGAAGUAUCUCGAUCUCUUGAUUAUUAUGGUUUGGGUGGUUCUAAUGCUGAUGGGUCGUCGUCGUCUUCGUCUUCUUCGUUUGUUCUUGGUGAUUCGUCUCAGUAUUCUGAUGCUCUGAGUUACUUUGCUGCUGCGGCUGCAGCUAGGCAGAUGCAAAAUGCUUGA